AUGUUAUAAAUCGAAGUUAUUUGUUUUGGAUUAGCUAUUGAAGUUCAAAGACUACAAGAUCUUACAUAACAACUCAAGUAAGACAUUGAUCAAGCUAACCAACACAAUAAAACUUAUCUUAAUACAAUAGAUUAAAAUAAUCUUGCUAUCCAACAUCAUACCAGAAAAAUUGAUCUUCUUUAAAGAAGUAAAAUUUAAAUCGAACAAGAUUACAAUCAAUUAAAAUCGUAAUAUGAUUAUGUUAUUGAUAUUAUUUCCUAAAUAACAGGUAAUGAGUUGACUUUAGAAGAAUUGAAUGAAUUAAUUGAAGAACUUAAAAAAAGAUCUCUCAAAUAUGAUCGAAUCUAAGAACUUCUAAAUGGAUAAAACCUUAGUGAGAUUAUUUCUAAAUCAGAACAGUACGAUAUGCAAUAUACUAUUAAUCAAGAAUUAAGAGACUAAUUAGAAUAAUAUCCUUAGAUCGUUAUUUCAUUAAAUCAAGAUUUAUAAUAACAAAAGCUAUAAAUAUAAAAUCAAAAAUUUUCAAUUAAUCAGUUAACAGAAUUAAACACAUAACUUCAAGAAUAAAUUCUUAAAUCAAAACAUAUUUAAGAUUAACGUCAAAAUUCUGAUUUAUAAUCAUCUGAUUUGAAAUUUAUUUCCCCAUAAACAGUUUAACAAGAAUAAAAUCAAAAAUAAUUAAUUGAAUUAAAAAAUAGAUUAAACUCCGUAGAACAUUAAAAUAUAUCUUUAAAAGAAGAAAUUUCAUCCAUUUUGAAUCUUAAAAUGCAAAUUGAAGCCAAACUCAGAAAUUUAAUUUUAGAUUAAAAUAAACUCUUAAAUGAAAAAGAAAAAUUAGCAAAAGAAACUUUCUAUUUAGUUAGCAUAUCUAAUAACUUUAAAACAGAACUAUAAAACAAAUAAAACGAAAUUGGAGAAUUAACGAAUCAAAACUCUUUAUUAUAAAAUCAAGUCAAAAACUAAGAAAAUUAGAUUGAAAACUUAUUAAAAUAAAAUUAAGAUUCAGAAAGUAAAUUAAAAAUAGAAAUUAAUAAUUUGAAUUAAGAAAUAUAAUCAAAAUCUUUCCAAAUUGAUGAGUUACGUCUUGAAAUUUAGUUUUUAAAUGAUGAAUCCAAAAAACUAAAUGAAGAACUUAAAAAUUAAAUGAGAAUCAACAAACAUUCUAAAUAAUUCUCACAAUAAAUUGAAAUUAUUUAAGAUAAAUUACUUUUGAAUAAAAACUUCAUUUAAAUGUAAGAUAAUUAAUUAUAAAUCUUAUAAUAGCAAUCAAUUAAAGAUAAAAAUGAAUUAGAAAAUCAUUAUAAAGGAAUUAUUGAAUAGUUAAAUUAAGAAAAUUAUAGACUUAAAUUCGAGUUAGAUCAAUUUUAAAAUACUAUUCACUAAUUAGAAGAUUAAUUAAUAUAAUUUCAAACAGAAUCGCAAGAAAAUAAAGACCUUUUAGAUUCUAAAAACUUAGAGAAUGAUAAAUUAAUCGCCUUCAACAAAAAGAUUUAAGAGUCUAAUGAAAAGCAUAUUUCAAAAAAUUAGGAACUUGAAUAAUAAAUACGUAAACUAGAGUUUAAGUAAAGCUCUAUUCAAACAUUUAAUUAAGGCAAUAGUUUAUCUUCUGAUAAUUUUAAAUAAAUAAUAGAUAAAAUUAAAUCCGAAAACUAAUAAUAUUAAUCAGAUAUUCAUAAAUUAGACUUAUUAAAUCAAGAAUUGGUUGAGCAGAUUUCGUCAAUGAAAUUUGAGAUAAAUAACUACUAAAUAUAAAUCACUAAUUUAACAAUGUAAGUUGAAAAUGCUCAAUCCCAGUUUUAGGAAGAUUAUUUAUAAGAGAUCAAUUAAAAUAGAUAAUAACAUUUAUUAUCAAUUAAUUAAAUUAAUGAUCUUAAAGAAAAGACUUAAAAAUAAUAAUAGUAAAUUUUAGAACAAAAUAAUCAAAUAUUAAGGUUCUAAAAAGAUAUUUAAAUGCAUGAGAAAAAAUUUAUAGACAAAGAAAAAUAAAUUAUCGAAUAAGAAUUAUUCAUAAGAUAAUUAUAGUAAGAAUUUAAUUUAUUAAACAAUUAUUUAAUAAAAAUUUAAGAUUAAUUUUAAACUCUGUAAUAAGAAUAAUAUAAAAAAAUUCAAGAAAAUAUCGAUUUAACUAAUCAAAUAGUUAAAUUAAAGGCUGGAUAGUAACAAACAGAGUUAAAGGAUUCUUAAUUUUUAGAGGAAAUUUAAGUAAAAAAUAACCAUCUACUUUUUGAAAAUCAAUAAUUAAAUCAGUAAAUUUAUGAGAAAAGCACUUUAUUAGAAUAAAAAUGUUUAUUGAUUGAUAAAUUCAAUUUAAAAAUUAUGAAUUAAAAUGGAGAAAUCUUUUAACUCAGAAAAUAAGUAACCUAAUAAGAAAAUCAAAUCAAAUAGUUUUAAAAUGAAAUUGAAAAAACUAAAUAAGGAUGUGAAAUAGAUUAAGUUGAAAAUAAAAAAUUAUACGAGAUGACUCAAAUAAAUUUAAAAUUAAGUUAAGUAAUUGAUGAAAAAGAACAAAAGAUUCAUUUAUUAAAACAUGACUUAGAAGUAUCACAAAUUAAAGUUGAUGAAAUUGAAAAAGUUAAUAAUAAUUUAUUAAAUAAGCUAAAUGAGAGAUAUCAAAUUUUUUAAUCUUAAUCAGAAUAGUUUUCAAAAUCUCUUAUAUCAUCUGAAACUCUCUUUUCUUAGAAUGUUGAAAAUGAUUAUUAUCAAUAGUAACUCUAAAUAUUGUAAAAUAAAUAUGAUGAUAUUCUUAAAGAAAAUUAAAUCUUAUUAAAUAAUUCCAGUUAAAUAGAAGAAUAUAAAAAUAAAGUAGCAUUAUUAUCUUUAGAAGUUUCUCGAUAUCAUAAUUUAUAAAAAGGAUCCCCUUCUUAAAAUUUUAUUCAAAGCCCUAGAGUUGAAAAUCAAGUUAUGAUUAAUAAAAUAAGCUUGAAUUAAGAAAAAGAAAGUCGUAUUAAAACCGAACAUGUUUUUGAUAAUAACUAUAAAGACAGUGAUUUUUAUUGUUUGUUAGUUUUAUUGUUCGCAGAAAUUGAAUCUCUAAGAACAAAAUUAGAUGAAAAAAAAAUAGAAGAUAGAUCAUAAGUUUAAUAAAUUAUAGAAUUUUACCGUCCCAAAGCCUAAUGA